AGGUGAAGUUGACGCAGGCAAAGCUCGACCAUAAAGUAUCACACGACAGAGAAAGAAGAAACGGUAUCCCAAUGGAAGGCACAAUUAUCAAGGUCGCUGUUUAUUUCAUGAUGCAGAGCAUUAUCAUCCCUGUCACACAUUCAAAGUUAUUUCCUACCGAUCAACUUCAAGGUUCGACAUUACACGUUGUUCGGACUGCUCUCCCAGAAGAAAGAACACUAGAAGGUCACAAAAAUACCUCAAAGACAGAAUCAUCGCAAGGCGAAACCGCUGAGGAUGGCCAAAGGAAGUUCCUUUAUGUUUUGAAGCGCCUCACACGCAGUGCAAAUCACUGCGUGAAAAGCAGGACACAAAGAUACAACAAGUGCCUUGGAAAGUAUAUCUCUGUCCCUAAAUGUAAAACACUCAGCGUGGCUUGUCUAUCAGCGACUAAUGUUGCAGCUAAGUGCAAAAGGAAAUAUACAGUUGUCAACGGCAUAAACGGUCGAAGAUGCUUAAUCAAGGACUGCUCAUGCGCUGCGUGA